GCCGCGGAGGCGGCGGCGGCGGAGGGGCGGCGGCGGCAGCGGCGGCAGCGGCGGCGGGGGCUGGGCCUGGCGGCGCGGGGACGGGCCGUGGGGCCCCCGGAGCGAGGCGAAGAUGCUGGAAGCAGAUCUAGUUUCAAAGAUGCUUCGAGCUGUUCUGCAGUCUCACAAGAAUGGGAUAGCAUUACCCAGGCUCCAAGGAGAGUACAGAUCCUUGACUGGUGACUGGAUCCCCUUCAAGCAGUUAGGCUACCCGAGCCUAGAAGCCUAUCUGAGAAGCAUACCAGCAGUUGUCAGGAUCGAGAUGAGCAGAUGUGGAGAGAUCAUCUGCUAUGCUGUGGCCUGCACAGAAACGGCCAGAAUCGCUCAGCUUGUGGCUCGGCAGAGGAGUUCUAAGAGGAAAACUGGGCGGCAAGUUAAUUGUCAGAUGAGAGUUAAGAAAACCAUGCCAUUUUUUCUAGAAGGAAAGCCAAAAGCAACGCUCAGACAACCAGGGUUUUCUUCAGGCUUUUCCAUCAGCAGAAAACCUAAUCCGACACCGUUAAGAGACAAAGGAAACUCUCUUGGACCGAAGAGCAACGCUGAGAUGCCCCCUUACCCAUUACAUGCAAGCAUUGGGAAUGAUGCACAUAAAGAAGUUCCAGUGCAGAGGCAAGUGGCCAUGCCGAUGUCCAACAGCAGGUUUAGUCCAAAGGCACCUAUUCCACCACCUUUUCAGAUGCAUCUUUCAAAAACCUGCGCUAAGGAAAUGAGUGAGAAUUUAAAUAAGACUAUUGAAAAAGCAAAUCCUAUGCCUCCUGCCUCUCUUAAAAUGGAUGAGGUACAAAACCGCAUAAAGGAAAUACUAAACAAGCAUAACAAUGGCAUUUGGAUAUCUAAGCUUCCACAUUUUUACAAGGAGUUAUAUAAAGAAGAGCUCAAUGAAGGGAUUUUACAGCAGUUUGAACACUGGCCUCAUAUUUGCACGGUGGAAAAACCUUGCAGUGGUGGUCAAGACUUACUUCUGUAUCCAGCUAAGAGAAAGCAGCUUUUGAGAAGUGAACAGGAAGCUGAGAAAGUGCCUCCCUCCCCAGUAUCUUCUCCGAAACAAGUACCACCAUCAAAAGGAUGCCCGGCAGUCAUGCCAGGAGACUUUAAAGAGAAAGUUGCGGAGCUGCUGGUGAAAUACUCGAGUGGUCUGUGGGCCAGUGCCCUCCCGAAAGCGUUUGAGGACAUGUACAAAAUGAGGGUCCCGGAGGAUGCCUUGAAAAAUCUUGCCUCACUUUCUGAUGUAUGUACCAUAGACUACAUUUCUGGAAACCCUCAGAAGGCCAUCCUCUAUGCUAAACUUCCAGUGCCCACUGACAAAGUCCUACAGGAUGCAGAGCAGGCACAAGACAAUUGUGAUAUCAAGUCUAUGAUUGAACAAGAAUACCUGCAAAUAGAAGAAAAUAUGAUGGGAAGUGUUGAUGGCUACUUUGACAAUAUAACGGUUCCUCCAUUAACCAUUCCCACCGAGGCAUCGCCAUCUGUAUUGGUGGUUGAACUCAGCAACACUAAUGAAGUGGUUAUCAGGUAUGUCGGCAAAGACUAUUCUGCUGCCCAGGAACUGAUGGAAGACGAGAUGAAGGAAUACUACAGCAAGAACCCUGUUGUCACCCCAGUCCAGACGGUGCACGUUGGGCAGUUGCUGGCCGUGAAUGCCGAGGAAGACGCUUGGCUGCGGGCACAGAUCAUCUCAACAGAAGAGAAUAAAAUAAAGGUAUGCUACGUUGACUACGGCUUCUGUGAGAAUGUCGAAAAGAGCAAAGCGUACAAAUUGAGCCCAAAAUUCUGUUCACUCUCAUUCCAAGCCACGAAGUGCAAACUGGCAGGGCUAGAAGUUCUAAGCGAUGAUCCCGACUUAGUGAAAGUAGUUGAAUCUUUAACUUGUGGAAAGAUCUUCGCAGUGGAAAUACUUGAAAAAGCUGAUAUCCCACUGGUAGUCCUGUACGACACAUCAGGGGAAGAUGAUGUGAAUGUCAAUGCCACCUGCCUGAAGGCCAUCUGUGACAAGUCUCUGGAAGUCCGCCUCCAGGUCGAUGCCAUGUACACGAACGUCAGAGUGACUAACAUCUGCUCUGACGGCACACUCUACUGCCAGGUGCCUUGCAAGGGUCUGAACAAGCUCAAUGACCUCCUGCAUAAGAUCGAGGACUACUUCCACUGCAAGCACAUGACUUCCGAGUACUUCAUUGCAAUUCCCUUCUGUGGGAAGAUCUGUCUCUUCCACUGCAAAGGAAAAUGGUUGCGAGUAGAGAUCACGAAUGUUCACAGCAGCCGGGCUCUUGAUGUUCAGUUCCUGGACUCCGGCACCAUAACAUCUGUGAAAGUGUCUGAGCUCAGAGAAAUACCCCCUCGGUUUCUGCAGGAAGUGAUCUCAAUACCACCUCAGGCGAUCAAGUGCUGUUUAGCAGACCUGCCGCAGUCCAUUGGCAUGUGGACACCAGACGCGGUGCUUUGGCUAAGAGAUUCUGUUUUGAAUUGCUCAGACUGUAGCAUUAAGGUUACGAAAGUGGAUGAAACCAAGGGGAUCACACAUGUUUAUUUAUUUACACCUAAGAAUUUCCCUGACCCCCACCGCAGUAUUAAUCGUCAGAUAACAAACGCAGACUUGUGGAAGCAUCAGAAGGACGUGUUUCUGAGUGCCGUCUCCAGUGAAGUUACCUCUCCCAACAGCAAAAGUGCUAACCUCUCCGUUUUGGGCAACACUGGAGAGAAUUUCAGAAAGAGCCUCACAGAUGUCAUCAAGAAGUCUGUCUUGGACCACACCAGCUCUUUCACCAUGGAGGAACUGCCACCUCCCGUCCACUUGUCAAAGCCAGGGGAGCACAUGGAUGUGUAUGUGCCCGUGGCCUGCCACCCGGGCUACUUUGUCAUCCAGCCGUGGCAGGAGAUACAUAAGCUGGAGGUGUUGAUGGAAGAGAUGAUUCUGUACUACAGCGUGACUGAAGAGCGCCAUAUAGCAGUGGAAAAAGACCAAGUGUAUGCUGCUAAAGUGGAAAAUAAGUGGUACAGGGUGCUUUUAAAAGGAAUCCUCACCAAUGGACUGGUGUCUGUGUAUGAGCUGGACUAUGGCAAACACGAAUUGGUCAACAUAAGAAAAGUACAGCCCCUCGUGGACAUGUUCCGAAAGCUGCCUUUUCAAGCAGUCACAGCUCAACUUGCAGGAGUGAAAUGCCACCAGUGGUCUGAGGAGGCGUCUAUGGUGUUUCGGAAUCAUGUGGAGAAGAAGCCUCUGGUGGCAUUGGUGCAGUCAGUCAUGGAGAACGCUAACCCGUGGGACCGGAAAGCUGUGGUCUAUUUAGUGGACACAUCGCUGCCAGACAUAGAUAUCUGGAUUCAUGAUUUUAUGUCGGAGUAUCUGGUGGAGCUUUCCAAAGUUAAUUAAUCACUGCUUCUGGAGACCUUGACAACUAAUUCAGAUUUUGUAGCAAUAACAAAAUGUAGUAGGCUUUAAAAAAAAAUCUUAUCUCUGCUACGUGGCUCUGACUGCUGGGUCAUGGAAAAGAAUAUGCUUAUGUUGGAUGAAAGAUAUUUAACAAGUUUUGUUUUAACAGAGUUGACUUUUCAAAGGAAAAUUGCACUUGAAUUAUUACUAUAAUAUUAGAAUAAAAAUGUUUAUCAAUAAAAAGCUGA